GGGUUACAACAGCACUUCCGGUCCCUGUGCUGUGUCUGGGUUUUCAAACAUAUCAAAGUGAGAAGCGUUUUGCAGCUCUAGAGGAGAAAAAGAGGGCUCUGCAAAUAUGGAGACCGAGGAAGUAACACCUGAGGCACCUGCAGAACCACCAACUGAAGUGGUAGAUGCAAGUACUGAGGCAAACAAAGAGCCCAUGGCAAGCGAAGAAAUUCAGGAUAUUCAGAACCAUGUCACGGACAACAAUAAAGAGGAAGCCGUAACUGAGACGCAAGAUGAGUCUGCCAAAGUCACAGAAGGGGAGACAGACCCUCACAGUCAAGUCACGGACAUUCCUCCUUGUGACUGGUUGGAGCCACUUGAAGAAGACUGUGAUGAAGUUGAUGCUCAGAGCGGCGACCAGGAUGGAACAGAGAGCCUUGCGGGGAGCGAGCUGAGAGGGGGGAGAAGUGGCGGAUUUAAACCUCGUAGGAGACCGCAGUGUGAGGCUGAUGAAGGCUGGGAAGAAUGCCCUUCAUUAGGUGAAGGAUGGAAACGCAAACAGGUUUUCCGUAGAUCAGGCACAAGUGAAGGACGCAGUGACACGUACUAUACAAGUCCUUGCGGUCAUAAAGUGAGAAGUAGGGUUGAGCUUUUGAGAUAUGUUAGUCCUUCCCUCGACCUCACAAACUUUGAUUUCAAGACGGGCAAAAUCCUUGAUGACGCACUUCCAAAAAGAGGAAGGAAGAGGAAAGUGGAAUCUUCCCUGCUAUACUUCGGAGGCUCCGCUGAAGUGCCAAAUAAAUUAAAGGAUGCAGGUGGCUGGUCCAGUAGUCCAGUAUCUUCAUCAAAUCACAGUGCCUUCCAGAGAGUAGGCCCAUAUGUGAAGCCGAAGGUUGAGAAGUCCACAACCAUGACAGUUAAAACUGUCCCACGCUUCAACACUCCUCCUAAUAUUAGUCUGACUGAAAUUCCAGCGAAGCCAACUGCUCCUCCUUUGGUGGGUUCUGACAGGCUUGUGAAUGGCAGUGUUGGAACUUCAAAACCUUUCUUGAGUGUCUGCGUGAAAUGUAAUAAAACUAUUACAUUUGAAGAGGGACAAACUAUGUGCCAGAACUGCAGGCCUGAGGUUAUCAUACCAAUAGAGAAAAGCAGGAAACCCUACAAAAAGUGGGUGCCAUGUGGCCGGUGCCGGGGUUGCCAAGUCAUGGUGGACUGUGGAAAAUGUGUCAGCUGCAGAAAUGGCAAGCUUCGUCUUCGACUGAAUAUCCGCUCCCGGAAAAUCGUUAAAUGUCGCAAAAGAAAGUGUUUACGCCCCAUCCGUAGGGACAAGAGUGGAAAGGUUAAUCCACAGACGUCAGGAGGACAAUUUUCAAACAUGUUUGGAUCCAUUAGCACAGCUUCAAGCAUUCAAAAUUUUCAGCCCUCAGUCAUGGAUUUUGAGGAAUCACAGAGCUCCUUGGCACAGUACAGUGACUCAGAGGAUGUGUCUCUGUUCCUUGGCGGUAAUGAUGGUGACUAUGGCUAUGAGAUGGUUGCAGGAAAGUUACGUCGCCGGUCCUGUGGGAAAUGUAGAGGUUGCGUUCGGCGUACGGACUGUGGAACUUGCGAUUUUUGCAUGGAUAAACCCAAGUUUGGAGGCAGAAAUAAAAAAAGACAGAAAUGCCGUCUACGGCAGUGUGAAAGAGAGGCUAUGAAGCAUUUGCUGCCCAUGGAUGAGAAUCAGUCAGAAAUGCUUAUUCCAGAGGAACGUGGCAGGCCAAGGCCACGUUAUACAUAUUCACGUGGUAGACCCAGAAAUAGAAGAUUGUGGGAUUUCGAGGUCUCGGAUAAUGAGGCUGAACGUUAUGAGACCCCAAAGACUUUCUCCGGUUCUGCACAGAUGCUGAAAAGGGACAGGCUCCUCAUCCCCAAUUAUAAUGGAAAGGCUUACAGUUAUUCUGACAUUCCAAACAGUUAUAUGCUUAACAACAUCCCACUCUACAGCUCCCAAAAAGUUGAGAUCAGCCACCAGCUGCACGUAGGAAGGGUGGAAAUGAUCAAAGAAAAUGGGCUUCAAGGCAGUGGCAUCAAUAGCAGAGGCCUUCUGUCUGUUAGACCAGAAAUUCAGCAAGAUUUUCUUUCUGCAGCAAGGUGCGAGAGUGUGCCAUUUCCCCCAAGCUAUUAUUUUGGUGCUGCUGAACAGGAUGUUGAGUCUUCCCCAUCGAUCACCCAGAUAUUCAGUAUAGCUGACAGUGACCCUGCAACAAAAGGCAUUGACAUUGAUCAUGAGCUGAUGCAGCUCCUGAGGUCUCUUCGUAGCACGGUACUUCCUGUCCUCUGGUACUGCGUUGUGAUGGAUGGCCCACGGUUGCAGGUAAUGCAGUGCUCCAAGCGCUCCACUAUGGCAGACACCAUUGUUCAUAUUGAGCCCAACUUCCACUACCACAUCAGCGUCCAGGAACAACCCCUCUUGCCCACCCACAAACUGUACGACAGCCAUCCUACUCGUCUCACAACAACAACAGAGGUUAUUGCCCUCCUCGAGGACCUGGAAAAGUAUGCUGUCUGCCAGGGCUUUUCCAAGAAAUGUUCUACACCUGGACCAGAGCCGGUUCUUCCUGAGCGGGCUGCCACCUGCGACUUCCUCAUUUUACCAGAGGCAGAACGCUGUCCAAAAUGCUCAACUCCACAACAGGGAUAGAGAAAAUGUUCAGCACAUGGGAAAAGGACUUUAAGGAACAGUUCACCCAAAAAAUGACAUUGUCAUCAUUUACUCACCCUCGUGUCAUUGCAAACCUGUAUGACUGUCUGUCUUAUGUGGAACACAAGAGCAAAAUUUCUUUGAAAAUCCUAGUGUGUCAAUUCAAUAUAAUGACAGUUAAUAGUGUCCAAAAGCAUCCAAAUGUAUCAUAAAUGAAAUCCAUGAGGCUCCUAUGACAUUCCAAGUCUUCUGAAGCCAUAUGUUAGGUUUUAAUGAGAAAUAACCUGAAAUGCAAGUCAUUUUUCUGUCAAUUCUGACAUAAGCUUUUUAUGUUUUAAAGUGAGUCGUUAUCGGCAUUGCAUUUUUUUUUUUCUUUUGUGUUUUACAUGGGAAAGUCACACGGGUUUGGAAUGAGUAAUGAGGGUGAGUAAAUUAUCACCGAAUUUUCAUUUAAGUAAUACUCCUUAUUUAUGCCAAUUAUGAACUAUUCCAGCCUACCUGCAAGAUUAAAUAUCUUUCUACUCCAAAAGAGAAAUAUUGAAGCACCCUAUAUGAUUUACUUCAGAGGGACACCAACAUUACAUUGACUUUCAAAUUAUUGCUUUGUUACUUUAAUCCGCUGAAAGACAAAUUUAGAACAUAACGGUACAAUGAUUUAAAACUCUUACUCUAUUAUUACACUCCAUUUAGGUUAAAUAGAUUUUGCGGUAUCAUCCCGUAUGAAAAAGUGUUACCACCCUGACCUCUAAGCAAAAAUCUGUAUUUUUUUUUUUUUAGCCUUAAGUAUAUGAACAUUUUAUUUUACCCACUAAGGCUAAUGAUGAACAUUGAACCCUGACCAUUCAUUAAAUUUGGAAGCAGUAUAACUGUACAUCAUGCCUUACAUUAAGCUUGUAAUAUUUUACAGAAUUGAGGUUUAAGUGAAUCCCAUUUCACACCGUCAUCUGAUUGAAUUCCUCACUCACACCAGUAAUGUCUAUACAUGAUCCUAGUUCUAUUGCUUAUGUACUUCUCAGGGGGGAUUUUUCAGAAUGCAUUAAUCAAAUGGAAGAUCCAUAUUUGUUGAAAGAUUUAAUAUUUGCUGUUUAAUAUGGGAUGAGGCUGCUCUCUCUUUUGAAUAGAUAAUUUUGUACAUACUGCAACAAUAAUGGCAGUUAAAUCAGAUAGAUAAAAGCUAGUAAUUUUUUUAAUAAACUUGUCUUUGUUUUCAGAAUUUUUUUGAAUUUUCAUUUCCUGUUACAAAACACUCUGAAUUGUGUUUGUAUGUGCUUUCAUAUUAUGAACAAACUGAUAAUUCUCUAUUUAAUAAAUCCUAUUAUCAGUUGGA